UAUUCACGGGUGCGUAAUGGGUAAGGGGCUACACGGCAGUCCGUUCUUCAUGAUGUGGGGGAUCACACUGAUAUUUGUGUCCUCUGUUGCGGCUCAGGUGACAGCGAAUGAAACUGAGAUGCAUUGUCGUGAAUCUCAUGAUCUUCCUCCGGUCAGUGACACUUCGCCAUCUUUCCUGGCGGACAUGAAAGUUGAGCAAGUGGCAGGACAAAAUAUGAUUAAUAUAAGCUGGGCAAUCAACAUUGAUGGUAGCAUCCAAUAUUUGACAGGCACUCGUAUCUUAAUGCCAUCCUCACCGUACGUCUGUACAUACAACCCACCUUUGAAUGAGACAACCUCCACUUUACAGAAAUGGUUUCAUUAUUUAGUAAAAGCAAGCCCUGGCCCCUACUUUAUACAAAUUGCCAAUCUGCCUUUACCACCGAAUAACAGCGGCCCGUCUUACAAAUACAAGCUAGUCACAAUACGUACGACAACAAACCGUAGAACUGUACCAAAGUCUACUGAAGUUACUACAGGUAGAACUGUACCAAAGCCUACUGAAGUUCCUACAGAACCGAAUGCACCAUCCAUCCGCACAGUGGCGGCCAUUUUUGGAGGACUGGCCUGUUUGAUGAUCCUGACUUCUUGCAUAAUUUUCUUGUGUUGCAACUUGCCACAGAAAAGCUAUGGAACGAACCUCACUACAGCAUUGGGUUUCAAGAGGUUGCCUACAUCUCCCACAGUUCCUGUCUCUGUCCUCAUGGUCUACCCUGCUGAGAAUUUAGCCUUCCAGCAGGCCGUGCUAGCCUUGGCAGAGUUCCUGCAGUGGCAUGGUGGCUGCAGUGUGGCUAUCGACAUGUGGCAGCAGGGGAAGAUCGCCGAGCUGGGGCCGAUGCGCUGGCUGGCAGAACAGGCCAAGGCUGCAGAGCAAGUUCUCAUCAUCUCCCCACAGCCCAGCCACUCUCCUACCAACAGUAGCUCCCCAGGACCCUCCAUCCCAGCUGCAGCUCAUGACCUUUACCCCCUGAUUCUCAACAUGGUGGCGAGUCACGCAAAGAGCGCCACAGAGCUGGCUCAGUUCUGGGUGGUGCAGAUGGGUGAGCAGCAGGACAAGAAGCUCAGUAACCUGCCGCUGGAACUGGGGGCCUGCAAGAGUUUUUGUUUGAUGAAGGACUUGAACAAGCUCUGCCAGAGUCUUUACACUCAGAGGCAGGAUGACAAGAAGAACACAUUAGAUCUGUUCUUUAGACCAGGGAUUGCCUACAGUGAGAAGGAUACAGUGAAGUUAAGAGAAACUGUUGAAAAGCUAAGCGGACAUCAGCCAAGCAUUUCCAGAGAGGCUGAACCAUUAAAAUCUGUUGUCUCUGUUUGAAUCUGUGCAAUUGAAAUUUGUGAGAUUGAUGUAGUUUAAAAUGUAGUACUUUGAUUAAUUACUAAAAGUGAUUUCAUUUUUAAAAUCAUAUUUUACCUAAGUUGUUUUUGUUGAGGAGGAAGGUGGGAAAACCUGCAGCUAACAUGCUCUGUUACUGUUACUCAGUUUCAUCUGUUGUCAUGAUAGACCAUGUAUAAAUUAUAAAUAGCUUAAAGGUAGAUGAACACCAACAAAACAAAGACAUCAUUUGUUAAUUAAUAAAUGGAAGAAGUAAUUCAUUUGCUGUAUUUUUUUUAAUGAUGGCUUAAUCUGUAAACCUUAAUUAAAGAAACCAGAAUACGUUUUCUAAUUUGCUACCAACUAUAA